AUGAGUUGGGAGGGGGCGGCGAAGUGGGUUGUUGGGAUCAACGGUAAAAAGGAUGAUAGUUCUUCUCAUCGGCCGGUAUCGUCGACGUCACGAAAAAUACGACACGAAAAAGAGGUGCAACACGAGGACUUCCCGGAGGUCACCCAUCCUAGUACUACUCUCGCCCAAGCACGCUUAGCUGCGGAGUUCGAUGGGAUCCGGUGCAUUAGUGCUUGGUAUGAUCGCACCUGCCAAGUGUUGCGCGAUCAAUGGUUAUAUGGAUUCGACAGACACACGACUAACUUGUGA